CUGUUUGUUGUCUGAACUCACUUUUGUCGUCGCUUGAAUUUUCAGCGUGCUUUCGUCUACCUUACUUGCUCUGUUUUUUCCUUCUUCAUGACAGCUCUGUUUCCUUAUUUUCUCUUUCAACACCUUACCACAUAAAAAUGGGGUUAAGCAAGUGUGGUAAGGUGUUUUCUCUUUCGUUAUUGGAAAGAUGGGUUCUUCCAAUUAUACAUAGAUCCUCAUCCUAUAUCAUCCUCGGAUUCUUGUUCUUGACUUUGUACACAACAACGGUGGCGCAGAAACGGCAGAGCGUUAGAUUAUAUAAAUAUGGGGAAGAUCUUGAAAUCUAAGACUUCAUGGCCGAGAACCGUCGUCAGGAAAUGGCUAAACUUACGUAGCGGAGCUUACGAGUUUCACUCCGAUUACCCAGUCAAAGGGAAGAUGGAGCCAACUCAGUCGAGAAGAAAAAGUUGCUCCGAUGGUGAUUACUACAUGAUCGUGCCGGAAAAGUUUCCAGGUUGGCUGGGCCAAGCAAAUGGGGAUUUAAGACAAUCAACCGGUGAACAAUAUGUGGCACGUGUCGAUGACAAACUUGAUCUGAAAAUGUUCGUCGGGACAUGGAACGUGGGAGGGAAGUCACCACAUGAUGGAUUAGACUUAAAAGACUGGUUUCAGUCUCCCGCAGAUGCCGACAUUUACGUGCUAGGAUUUCAAGAAAUCGUGCCGCUAAAUGCUGGUAACGUACUUGGAGCCGAGGAUAAUGGCCCUGCGGCUAAGUGGCUGUCUCUUAUCCGAGAAGCCUUGAACAAUAACAACAACUUAUCACAAAAUGACCUUGAACUUUCUAAAAACCAUAGAACCUCCUUUGAGCUUACGAAAUCAUCACAACAGCCCCGUCUCAGCUUCUCCAAUCUCCCAGACGAUAACCCACUUGCAUGCAACUCAACUCCACCUCAAGGCUAUUCCCUUGCAGCGAGUAAACAGAUGGUGGGGAUCUUUUUGUGUGUGUGGGUUAGAGAUGAUCUCAGGAAACGUAUUACUAACCUCAAGGUUUCAUGCGUUGGUCGUGGCAUCAUGGGAUAUCUUGGAAACAAGGGCUCGAUAUCCAUAAGCAUGUCAGUGCAUGAGACGAGUCUAUGCUUUGUUUGUACGCAUCUUACGUCUGGAGAAAAAGAAGGCGAUGAGGUCAGAAGAAACUUAGAUUUCACCGAGAUAUUAAAGAGGACAAGAUUUUCGCGUUCUUCUAAAGAUUCUCGACCCGAAACGAUUAUGGACCAUGAUAAAGUAAUAUGGCUCGGAGACUUGAAUUAUCGGCUAAGGGCCAGCAGUGACGUGCAUGAACAGCUUAGCAAUAAUGAUUGGGAAGCACUUCUAGAGAAAGAUCAGCUUAAGAUAGAACAAAGAGCUGGUAGAGUUUUCCAAGGAUGGGAAGAAGGAAGGAUUUAUUUUGCACCAACAUAUAAGUACCUUAUAAAUUCUGAUAGAUACGUUGCCCAAACCGAAAAAUCAAAAGAAAAACGAAGAACACCAGCUUGGUGUGAUCGAAUAUUGUGGAAAGGUGAUGGGAUGAAACAAAUAUGGUACACAAGGGGAGAGUCGCGAUUCUCGGACCAUAGACCGGUUCAAUCUAUAUUCUCGUUUCAUAUUGAUUUAACCGUGACGAAUCAAUUAAAGUGUAAAAGUAAACCGAUCAGUAACCAUCGUCCCAACCCGGUCUUGACAUAUACAUGCCACGGGAAAGUCCAGGCGGAAGAGAUAUUGUUGCUCACACGAGCACAAAGUUGUAUAGACACACAACCUAGACUCAUAUCAUCUGUUUCUUGAUUUAUUACCUAGUUAGUUUCUGGAUG